CGCACGACCGCCUCGCGUAGAUUCACUUGGUGCUGCUUUUGAUUCCCGGUGUGAUUAGAUCAAAACAAAAUAAUUAGAUUAUAUAUAUAUCGAGAAGAGAAAGAGAGCACCAAUGAUGUCCAAGAGAUUGUUGGCUCAGACCUGUCGGAUACUUCCGAGACCCUCGGUCCGCAGGAGCUCCAGUUCAACACUGCACUCCAAGGUGGAGCCCGCCAUGAUGAACCAGAUGCAAAGUGAGAUGCCCGAGUGCGAUCAUCGUCCGGGGGCCUACGAAGGCUCCAGCUACGAGCAGAUCCUCAAGACGAGGCGCGAUCACCUGACGCCCAACCUGCUGGCGCACUUUAAAAAGCCACUGGUGAUCCACGCCGGCCACAUGCAGUGGUUAUUCGACCACGAGGGACGGCGCUACCUGGACAUGUUUGGCGGAAUCGUCACUGUGUCCGUAGGACAUUGCCACCCGAAAGUGAACAAGGCGCUGAGCGAGCAGACGGCCAAGCUGUGGCACACGACUAACAUCUAUAUGCACCCCAAGAUCCACGAAUAUGCCGAGCGCCUGGUGGCCAAGUUUCCGGGGAACCUGAAGAGCGUUUGCUUUGUGAACUCCGGCUCCGAGGCCAAUGACCUGGCCAUGCUGAUGGCCCGCAUGCACACGGGACACCAGGACAUCCUCUCCCUGCGCAACUGCUACCACGGCAUGUCGCCCUACACGAUGGGUCUGACGGCCCACUCCACCUGGCGCUUCUCGCUGCCGGGUGUGAACAACGGACUGGUGCACGUGAUGAAUCCCGAUCCUUACCAGGGCAUUUGGGGCGGUUCCAAGUGCCGGGACUCCCCAGUGCAGACCACGCGCGACUGUCAGUGCCAGGAGGGCUGUCAAGCGGGUGACGCCUACUACAACGAGCUGGAGGAGACCUUCAAGUACUCCUUGCCGCGCGGCAAGGUGGCGGCCAUGUUCGCCGAGUCCAUCCAGGGCGUGGGCGGCACGGUGCAGUUCCCCAAGGGCUACCUGAAGCGAGCGGCUGCCCUGGUGAGGGCCAACGGAGGACUCUUCGUGGCCGACGAGGUGCAGACGGGCUUUGGGCGCACCGGCGAGCACUUCUGGGGCUUCCAGGGUCACGACUACGUGCCCGAUAUAGUCACCAUGGCCAAGGGCAUUGGCAACGGCUUUCCGCUGGCCGCCGUGGUCACCACGCCGGAGAUCGCCGCCUCCUUGGGUCAGGCUCUGCACUUCAACACCUACGGAGGCAACCCGAUGGCCAGUGCCGUGGGCAUUGCUGUUCUGGAUGUGAUUGAGGAGGAGCAGCUGCAGCGAAACUCCUUGGAGGUGGGCACCUAUUUUCUCAAGGGUCUGGCUGAACUGCAGCAGCGCUUCGAAAUUAUUGGCGAUGUGCGGGGCAAGGGACUGAUGAUCGGAGUGGAGCUGGUGGGAAAUCGCGAGAAGCGUACUCCCCUGGCCACGCCGCACGUCCUCGAUAUCUGGGAGAAGUGCAAGGACUUGGGCGUGCUCUUCGGACGCGGUGGUCUUCAUGGAAACGUGCUGAGCUUGAGACCUCCCCUGUGCCUUUGCACAGGAGAUGUGGAAUUCGCCCUGGAGACAUUGGAGGCAGCCUUUAAAUUCCACAUGAACAAAAGCCCUCGCAGCUGGAGAAAUAUCCCCAGGACGAAAUAGGCUGAUUAAACAAUAGAGUUCAUUUAUUUGCUUUCCUUACAAGCUAGUAAUUGAACAACGUUAUAGAGCAGCAUUAUGACCGAAUAUCGAAUCCUAAAAUUAACAGUUUCUGAGCGAGGCUUUGACUUAAUUGUAAAUAUCCUUAGUUGUAAGAAAUAAAUUGUGAUGUGGAGCGUAUUUUUGAGGAAAACGGGUGAUUCGAAUCCGUAAACGUAUAAACUGUUUAAACUAGCGUAAUGUUUGGUAUCGAUGGCAUUGCCUUGAGCAUAAAUAAAUAAAAUAACUCGAAAAUCA